UAGGACUCUGACAGACCUCACAAAAAUCGACCUUGUUGUGCUUUUGACAGAAGCUUUCUUCCUUCCCACCCCUUCCAAAUCCAAACUCUGCUGCAGUAUGCUUGACGAAGACUUUCAAACCUAAACUUCCACAUUGUUGUACAUCAGGCUGAAUUGGUUUGUCAUUCAUUGUUCAUCUUCUUAUGAGAUUGCUUUUUUUCCAUGAUGAAAACGGUCUUUAUUUUUGUAUCCCCAAUAUUUACAUGGACAAGGUCAAGAUCAGUCAAUCAUCUACAUCUGGGUUACAACUUUAUAAUAUAUCAUUGCAUGACAUAGAUACUCAUGCCUUUUCGUGGUACUGACAAACAUAUCCCACUAAAAAGAUCCAAAAUGACAGAACAACAACUAGUGGCAUUCACAGGCUUCGAGGCUUUUCGGAUAGCCCUGUUGAGUAUUACCUUAGGAUCCUUUUUUCUUCUCACAUGGCGUUCUGUGUGGACUGGCAGUCUCUGUACCAUCUUCUGGGGUACUGACAGAGAGCGCAACAUCACCCAUCGCAGUCCCCUAAGCCUGUUUUUGGAGAUCCUACUUCUUUGGGCCGUGCUCUAUUACCUUCAUUUGAUCGGCGCGCAAGUAUGCAGUGGCCCUCCGACUGCGGUUUUGGGAGCACUGGUUGGAUGCAGUCCGGAUCUUCGUGAUACUCUAGAGACAUCACUGCAAGCAUAUCAAGAACACUCGUUAGUGUUUCUCGUACUUUGCGGAGCACAUUUUUAUGUGUACAAGGACUGCGCUAUCGAGGUCAAGGAGGUUGAAACGAAGGAUAGUGGACCAGGAGAAGACGGCGUGGCACGAUUUGUGUCGGGACCACCUGCAGGAGAAGAUGGCGUGACACGAUUUGUUGAAGAUAAAGAUUCACCUGAGCAGUCUGUUUUUACUACGAGAAGACACAGGAGGACGUCAGACUGCUCCACGAAGGUGGACUCCGAGAAUGCGGCUAAGGAACAAGCUGAAGAAAAAGUUGGAGAACUAAACGACGUGAAAGCCUCGAAAUCAUCUUAUUCCUCGGAGAAAAAGCAACAUCAGAAAAUAAAUGUCACGGUUGGCAAGGUAUCGUAUUACACACGGAAGAGAACCCUGUUAGCUUGGAUGUGGAUUGCCUUGAAGUUGUACUAUCCAUUUGCUCUGCACAUCUCCCUGCACUACUUGAAACCUGAUUUCCGUCUUCUCUUUGGCUACGUGAUUGAUGGAUUCUUGGCCUUUGAUAUUGCGAAAUACGUUAUCUUUCGCGAGUGAUGUUGAAGUUGAAACAGGGAGAAUCCAC